UACGAGUGUGUGUGGGAGUGUGUGUUUGUUUGUGUCUGAGAGAGACAGAGAAGGAGAGACCCACUGGAUAACCACUGUGUUGUGACUCCAACAGUAGUAACACAGAAGAAGAGCAGCAGAGUGUAUGCUCAGAGUGUACGCUCAGAGGAGUUGGAGGAAAAGUCCAGAGAGGAGGGAGUGAGUGUUGGAAAGAAGUCCCUUCACCUCUCUCCAGAGAGCAGGAGGUAAAGCGUCGGUAAGCAAAUAUUAAUGAUCUGACAAAAGAGCACACUCCAUCCCCGUGUCCGUGCUGAUCAGACAGCCUUUACCCUGGAGCCGCGCAACAGACGAGCUGGGAUACAUACACACUUGCGAGUGGAGUCCCCCGUCACUUCUCUCCACUCACUCAUGAUCAUCACUCCUGCCACACGCCGACACAAAGGCCACGCUGACACAGCCAGAAGAGUGGGGCAGAGAAAAGGACACUUGCCCUGUUGCAAGACUUUGUCAAAGUGAAAGUCCUUCCUGGAUUUUAACCCUGAAACUAGAGUCUUCCUUUUGUGCUGACCUUUCCAAGCAUCCCCCCUUUACCCCACUGCCUCUGAGGAGCAAAGAUGAGCUGCAGGAAAAGAUGCAAGCGUGAGAUCUUCAAGUUCGCACAGUACCUGUUCAGACUCAUCACAGGCACGCUCAACACCGACAGCGUCGAAGAUGAGCUGGAACUAUCGGCAGUCCGCCAUCGCCCAGAAGGCCUGGAGCAACUCGAAGCCCAGACGCGGUUCUCACGAAAGGAGCUACAGAUUCUUUACCGCGGCUUCAAGAAUGAAUGUCCCAGCGGGGUCGUCAACGAAGACACUUUUAAAGACAUCUACUCACAGUUCUUCCCGCAAGGAGAUGCUUCGACAUACGCACACUUCCUGUUCAAUGCUUUUGACACGGAUCACAAUGGCUCUGUGAGUUUUGAGGAUUUUGUUAUGGGUCUCUCUAUCCUCCUGCGUGGCACAGUCCAGGAAAAACUCAACUGGGCCUUCAACCUUUAUGAUAUCAAUAAAGACGGAUAUAUCACUAAAGAGGAAAUGCUGGACAUCAUGAAGGCCAUCUACGACAUGAUGGGAAAAUGCACAUACCCCGUCCUCAAAGAGGAGACGCCCCGUCAGCACGUAGAAGUAUUCUUUCAGAAGAUGGAUAAGAACAAAGACGGCGUGGUAACCAUAGACGAGUUCAUCGACUGUUGCCAAAACGAUGAAAACAUCAUGCGAUCGAUGCACCUCUUUGAAAACGUUCUUUAGUUUUCGGCUGGCUGUGGAGGAUUUGGAAGAGACCAUCAUCUUUAGCUUGGCCCAGUUACUGACUUGGACUCAUACUGUGUACAGUGUGCUAUGCAGACUUUUUGACCAUAGAUAAAAUUAUUCUUCAUUACAGAGGGCCUCAGUUAUAAGUAGGCAGUAUAGCCGUGGACACUCUGGAGCUGGUUGCCGCUUUCUUUUAAACAAAUUCUGGAAACUUCUAAGUGAAAUAGUGAAAAUGGAUUAAAAGGAGAUGCUUCAAAAUGAAACCAUUAACUUUAAGGUUGAUUUCCGCCUUCUGUCUCUGGAGCGUCUUUGUGUUUGCCGAACUCAGAGUUCUGCCUAAGACGUCUAACGAAAGGCUUCAGACAGAUUUUGUUCUGUUUUAUUUACUGCCAAAUCAGAUCACUGUGACUUUCUGCAGCAUUAGAAACACCCGAACAAAACAUCGGAUGUAACGUCACACUCCGUCUGCUUUUACAUUCCAGACCGGCUCCCAAUUCCAGAGUGUUCCCGCCCGAUUUAGUUAACCAUCGUGGUCUGUCUUUCUGCUCUUUGAAGGAACUGUUUAGAGGGGGAAAAAAGAAAAAAGAAUACAUUUUACCAUUUUAAACUGUACAUACUCUAAAAAACAUUAUUAGAUAAGAACUCUAUGAGAAACUUUUGUUCUUGUUUACUUGCCAACUAGAAUGAGACAACACAAGGAUUGUAUUGAUGUCAAACUUGGACCAUAAUAUCGAUGGUUUGUCUACAGAAGCACACAGGUAGCUCUAUUUACCAUGAGUAUGAUGUUAUACAACCAUUUCUUUGUCAUAGGAGAAAUGCUGCUUUCAGUGGAAUUCAUUUAACCUCAUGUAUGUAUAUUUCCUGUAAAGUAAAAUCAUCCAUCAGUAUGUUUUUCUUUGGGUUUUAUGAGUUUACACUAGGAGCAGUGCUUGGGAUUAUUUAUAAGGUGUUCAGGUCAUUGUACAGUAUUACAUGAAAAGUCACCCUCGGGUGAUUUUCAGGUCUUUAGAUUUGUUCAUAUGAGUCACUGUUUUUAAUAAGAAAGGCCAGUGGGGUUUGGUUAUUGGUACAAACUUUGUAUUAUACUCAUUAGUUUGGGUUUUCUUGCUGUUUCUCUCCUCCUCCUCCAUCCUGUGGGAUGCAACUGCCCACACCGAUUCAGCCUGAUUGGUUUGAUUGGCUCCCAAAUGUUAGCAAAAACUACUGGAUUAUUGAGAGAAGUGUCUCAAGUGUGUCUGAGUGUUUCUGUCUGACAUGCUCUCUCUUUUUUUCUUGCUCUGUUUCACAGAGACUUGGAUAUUAGACACAGGAAGUAGGCAGAAAUACGACUUAUACUUGAGAACUGUGGUUUAUGGUUAAUGUGUCGCAACAUUUAAUGGUUUAUCAUGUUUGUCCUUCGAAGUCUACAGUGUGUUUCUACGAUGUAUCACUGGGAGUCGGGAACAUAUGAACCUCCUCAGUGAGGCAUGUUAAUCAUCCAUAAUUUAGUAAAGAAAAUGACACUUU